ACAACAUAUUUAACUUUUUCGCAUCUUUGUGUUUGCGCACUUUCGUGGCGAAAAAAUGAAACUCAACAUGACGUUAAUCAUCCACGUAGAAAAAAUGGUGUAAGGCAUUUCCAAUUUUAUUUAAGUUACAGAAUGAAAUAUCAUGCAAAGCUUUGGAGGCAAUUUUUAUCAUUAUGGAAUCAAAUAAACUAAGAUUAACUUAAACUUAGAACUAUUUAAAUAGCCUAAACAAGGGGUAUUAUUAUCUAUGUAAUACUAUUUAUUCAUUCCAGAUCUCGGUAACCAUUCAAGACGCAAAUGGUUCUCAUGGAGGGUUUUGAUUGGCUUAUUUCUACUAGGCGUAUGUUUACUUGCAAUUAGAUCAUUUUUUAGAGAUAUUUCCGAAGAUAAUGAUCAUCUUUCUAGUCAACUUCCUACAAUAAAUGAAAUAGAAAAAAUACCGCAUUUAGAAAGCGAUGUAUCUAGGCAGGCAAUAGCAUUGGCUAAACUCAUUCGUAGUGCCAAAAAACAUGCAAGAGGAUCAAAAACUUUAGAUUAUUUAAUGCAGGCGUCUGACACAAUGGACGCUUUACUGACACACAUGAAUAUGGACCCAAAAAGUGUGUACCAAAGAUCGUUAAAAACACCAACAAGUGUUUGCCCCGAACAAUUCAAAGACGGACAUGCUGGUUGGCCUUUAUACCAUACUGGGUUUGAUAAAGUAGACUGUAGUUAUUGGCAACCUUUAUCGAGUCUAAUAACUAUCAUAAAGAGCAUCAAAAGUGAUGAUAGAAAACUUAGUGAAAACUUUGAAGAAGCUAAAACAUUUAUUUCGUCUGUCUCUGAAACCUUUGAAAAUGUUAAUGUAAUGAUUGCCGUGAGUUCAACCGUAUUAUCAAAUCAAAUCAAGCAAUCGUUUAAAAAGUUGAAAGUAAUAUCAUAUGAAGGUGAGUCUGAAGGUAUUGGAUUAAACAAGAUUAUAUCAUCAGUAAAUACACCAUAUCUGCUCAUUGCAAGAAAUGUCGAGUUUAUGACAAAUGACUCCAGAUUAGUGAGACUCAUAGCGGCCAAAGAAAGCUUAGAUGUUGCAUAUGUUGGGGCAUCAUUCCGAUAUAGAAAUGGUCAUUGGAGGAAAGGUUGUUAUCAAAGUGUUUAUAGAAACUUUACAUUAAAAUAUAAGGAGGGGUAUGACGAGUCCUUUCAGGGAUGUAUGUAUUGUGACUAUUCAAAAGGCCCAUUUUUGACAUCGACUAAAUAUAUAAAAAGAAAUUCAUUUAAAGAUUUGAAUGAAGACGAAGGCUUGUUCGAGGAUUGGUUCUUAAGAGUUUAUCAAAAAGGUGAGGAAGGAAUAGUUUGUCCUGAUUCCAUGUUUGACACAACUCCCCGUCCGGUGUCAAGUGAAAGUUGGAAUUUGUUUCUUGAUAUUUGGAACUUAUUUCAAAUACGAAUACCUGGUGGCAUCACAGUCAGGAAAAGGUGUGGAAACAAGAAAAGCUCAUCUUCCUCAUCUAAAGCUAUGUCACUUUGCAAGUAUUUAGACACAACAGAAGCAGUUAAAGUUGCAAUGAGAUCAUGCGAGGAAGUAGGUAUGAUUUGCGAGCUUCAGGAAGGAACUAUGUUAGGUGCUGUAAAAAUGGAGAAGACACUUCCUUGGGAUGUUGACUUUGACAUUAGAUUUAUAACAAAUAAUUGCUCAUUAUGUAAGAAACUUGCAGACAAGUUUAAAAACAAUGGUAUGUCUUAUGGAGAUUUUGUCACACCGUGUUGCACUAAGGUCCUUAUACUAGGUGAAGCUAAUUACGUAGGUGUUGGCUAUAAAAGGGCCGGUGGUGACAUAACUUGGCAUCCUACUCUUGACUCUGAAAUAUACUCUAAAAUGGGUUUAAAGCCAACGAAGAUCUUUUUCGAUGGUGAAUGGUUAAACGUACCUAGGAACCCUGGAUUUGUUUUGAGAAAUAGAUACGGACUAGAACUGUUUCAACAUGCGGAACAUUGGAGAUUUACUGAUGGUAACAAAGGAAAUAGUAGAUUAACGUAUAAAGUGUUCAGGUUUUCAUCUUGUAGUACUCCUGGAAGACAUGAAUGUUUAGAUAGAUAUAAUCCUGAUGGAAAUAUUCAGUUUAAGGGUUUGUUACCCUAAUGUAUAUUAUGCCAUAGUCAGUGCACGACCUCCGCAUGACUUUUGCUUUAUAUUAGUACAUUUAUGCCAAACAAGAAAUAACAACUUCGGAGUUCAAUAAAUACAAAUAGUGGUCA